AUGGACAUCAUCACCAACUCCAUAGACAUGACUGGAAGCAACAGUACCAACACCAGCCACUGCCCUUACGCUGAGGAGUGGUACUGGCUCCACACCAUGCAACCGGCCUACAUCCUGGCCACCAGCAUACUGGGGAUUCUGGAUAAUGUCUUUGUCCUGUUGGUGUUCUGCCUGCAUAAGAAGGCCUGCACCGUAGCAGAGAUCUACCUGAGCAACCUGGCUGCUGCUGAUCUUCUCCUGGUCUCCUGUCUCCCCUUCUGGGCUGUCAAUGUGGCCAACGGCUUCGACUGGGCCUUUGGCCCCCUGCUGUGUCGCCUGGUCAACGUGGGCAUCAAGAUGAACGCCUACAGCAGUAUCUACUUCCUGGUUCUGGUCAGUGUGGACCGCUAUGUGGCGCUGGUGCAUACUAUGAGCCACGGGAGGAUGAGGAGGCCCUCCUACGCCAAGCUGGGCUGUUUGUUAGUGUGGGGCUUUGGCCUGUUGCUGGGCACCCCUACCAUGCUCUUCAGGGCAGUGAAGUGGUUCCCAGACAUCCAGGUGACCGCCUGCUUCUUGGACUACCCCAGUCCCAAGAUGGAGGUGGUGUUCGACGUGAUGCUCAUUGUGUUGGGGUUUGCCAUCCCUGUGUCAGUGAUCUCCUACUGCACCUGUCAGAUCAUCCACGCCCUGAAUAACCAGGCCAUGGAGAGGAUCAAGGCGGAGCACACAGAAAGGAAGGCCACUCUGCUGGUGCUGGCUGUUCUCCUGACCUUCCUGCUCUGCUGGGUGCCCUUCCACCUAGUCACGGCCCUGGAAGUCCUCCAGAGGGCGGGCGUAAUCUCAGGCUGCCACCUGAGCAACAGUCUGGAGAUCUGCAAACAAGUGUUCACCUACCUGGGCUUCUUCAACAGCAUGCUCAACCCAGUCCUCUACGUGAUCGUGGGGAAGAACUUCAGGAAGAAGGUCAAGGAUGUGUUCAAACAACUGUCUAUGAGGAAGAAAUGGCCACCAGAUCACUACGAUCGCAAUAGUCAUCCACACUCAAAAAACUGA